AUGUUUUCCCUCACUAAAGUGUUGUACACGGCAGUUCCGAUGAGCUCAUUUCAGGCUAUGGAAGUGACCGUAUCGAAGGCAACUACCGUUGAGCGUGUAUCACGGUUGCUCCGAACUAAUCGUAGAAGAACAAAGCCGUACCUGGUGAGAAGAGUGGCGUCACUUGAAGGAAGACGCUACCCAAAGCGCCUCAAAUCCUUCGAGAACGUGUCAUUAACAGAAUUAAGCACAGACCAACCGGUAGCGAUAUCGGAGUGGAUGUACAGGAACAAGUUGGUCGCCUUGUUGAGCAUGCAACACUUCAUGAGAAUCUUUACCACUGUUUUAUAG